GCCUUCUUAUGAACCAUACAUUGCAUGCAACCAAUUCUGAAGAUUGACGACGACAUUCAUGAAGCCUUCUCAACUUUCUCUGUUUCAUCACAUUCUUCUCAAGCUUUGUCUUCAACCCAUUUAUAUUUAAUCAACGAGGUUCUCGUUUAUAGCCCCCAUUUGAAUUUCUUGCAUGAAUUCCCUUUGUUUUCACCCCAUUUCUCUUCCCCCUUCUUCUCAUUUUCUCCAUUGAAUUUCAAAUUUUUAUUGUUCAUCACUCUGCUUUCCUCAUGCCUACUCUCCUUAAUUACACUGGGGAUGAUGAAUUUCACUCGGGUUGUUUCUUUUACUCAACUUCUAUGGAGGAUUUUACCUAUUUUCUGCCCAUUUCUUCUCGUAUGGAUGUGUAUUGUCAGCCCAGCAAAAGGGUUCGAACCAAUUUCAGAAUCCCAUUUGAUAGAAACGAUUUCGAGGAAGAGGGUAAAAACCCUUCUAUUGAUGAUCUUCCUGAUGAAUGCCUCUUUGAAAUCUUUAAGCGUUUGCAAAGUGGAAAAUCAAGGAGCUCUUGUGCCUGCGUCUCUAAGCGAUGGCUUAUGCUUCUAAGCAGCAUCCGCAGGGAUAAUGAAGAUCGUGGAGAUCAAGAACUUGAAAAUAAUGGAUAUCUUACAAGACAUUUGGAGGGGAAGAAAGCAACAGAUAUAAGACUUGCUGCAAUUGCUAUAGGAAGCAUUAACCAUGGAGGAUUAGGAAAGCUUUCUGUUAAAGGGAUGAACUCUAUAUGUAGAGUUACUAAUGUUGGUCUUACAUCAAUAGCAUAUGGUUGCUCCACCCUUCGAGCUCUCUCUCUUUGGAAUAUCGCUUCGAUCAGCGAUGAGGGCUUGUUGGAGAUAGCUAAAGAAUGCCAUUUGUUAGAGAAAUUUGAUAUAUGUCAAUGCCCUUUGAUAUCCAACAGGGCUUUGAUUGCAAUAGCUGAAGGUUGUUCUAAUUUGACUGUUUUAAGUAUUGAAUCUUGUCCAAACAUUGGGAAUGAGGGUCUACAAGCUAUUGGAAGAUCAUGUCCUAAGUUGGAGUCCAUCUCUAUAAAGGAUUGUUCUCUUAUUGGGGAUUGUGGAGUUUCGAGUUUGAUUUCGUCUGCUUGUUCUUCAUUGCAUAAAGUGAAGCUUCAGGCCUUGAAUAUCACUGAUUUCUCUCUUGCUGUGAUUGGACAUUAUGGCAAGGUUCUCACCCAUCUGACCCUUUGCAGCCUAAAAAAUGUGAGUGAGAAGGGAUUUUGGGUGAUGGGAAAUGCUCAAGCUUUGAAGCUAUUGAUUUCAUUGACAAUUACUUCUUGUCAAGGAGUUACAGAUGUAAGCCUUGGAGCCAUAGGCAAUGGAUGUAAAAGCCUGAAGCAGAUGUGCUUUCGUAAGUGCAGUUUCAUUUCUGAUGAUGGACUUCAAGCAUUUUCCAAGGCUACAAGAACACUAGAGGUCCUUCAAUUGGACGACUGUAACAGAAUCACAAUUUCAGGUAUUAUCGGUUCAUUGACAAAUCAUGAAUCAAACCUGAAAUCUCUAGUUCUUGUUAAAUGCUCGGGAAUCAAGGAUACAACACUGCAAUCUCCCCUGCUCUCUUGUGGUUCAUCUCUCCGAUGGCUAUCGAUACGAAAUUGCACAGGUUUUGGUGCUGCAAGCCUAGCCUUAGUUGGGAGGUUGUGCCCUCAGCUUCAGCACCUUGAUCUUGUAGGUCUCUAUAGUUUAACAGAUGCAGUGUUGCUUCCUUUACUUGAGAGCUGUGAAGGACUUGUGAAGGUAAAUCUCAGCGGCUGCUUGAAUUUAACCGACGAAUCGAUUCACACCUUAGCCAGACUCCAUGGAGCUACCCUUCAACUAGUUAAUCUUGAUGGUUGUAGGAAGAUCACUGAUCAAAGCUUAGUGGCAAUAGCAGACAACUUACUAGUUCUCAACGAACUAGAUGUUUCCAAUUGUGCAGUCUCAGAUUGUGGGCUCAUCGCGCUCAGUCUUGCACGGCAUACCAAUCUGUUAAUCCUCUCAUUGGCAGGCUGCUGUGGGAUAACAAGUAGAAGCUUGCCUUCUCUUGAAAGAUUAGGAAAAACUCUGGUGGGGUUGAACCUCAAAGGCUGCAACUCCAUCAGCAGCAGCUCAAUUGAGGUUCUUGUAGAGAACUUGUGGAGAUGUGACAUCCUUUUAUAAACAAAUUCGGUUGUUGUCCAUUUUCUUCCAGCUCUCUUUAAUACAAAUGCUUGUCUCUAUCUGAGCUUCAACUGAUCCAAAUGAACCAAUUUCAGAGAAAACUAAGUAGCCAAAAUCCAAGCUUUGGUCUUGUCUUCAACCCUUCUCUGCAUUUGGACUUUCAGUUCAUUACAAACUUGUUUUGAUGGAAAAACAGUGUUUAUUUGUUGAGGGUUUGGUUUGGCUUUGUUGUGAUGAACCGAGGUUUCACUAAUGUCAAAUGACUUGAAUUCUAAAAACAAUGAAAACUAACCUUUUGUUUAUGUUACAAAGCUCUGGUCAACGUCAAGUUCAUUCACAAUCACGGAUCUCAUCCAUCACAAAUUGACGAGACCCCAAUUACGAUUUCACGUUCAAGAAAAGUCAUAAGAUCGUGAAAUUUUCAUAAAGGGUGAGAAUUUGUAUUUUUAUAAAAAUUGCAAUGCACCUUGAAAUUACUUUUGGGGUCUCAUCAACUCGUGACUCCGAGACGAAUUGAAUGUUGGUUGGUGUUUUGUGACGUAAGCAAAAUGUUAGUUUUCAUUCUUUCCAGAAUUUAGGCCAUUUGACAUUACCGCGUCAAAAUUUGGG